AGCUAGAAUAGUUAAAUAUUUUGGUUGUUAAAAAGCAAGGGAAAAGCAGAGCAGGGAUUGCCCGUGAAGCGGAUUUAAACAGGGUGUGGAGUCCGACACGCACAAGUAGUUUUCUAGAGAGAGAAAGCGGUAGUUAGAGAGAGAAACGCGCUUCGGCAGACACAUGCCUCAGAACCAUAACCAAAACCGCCGUCUGUUUUAAUCUCAAUCCACUCGCAUUUUCACAUACAACCGCCUUCUCCAUCCAUGGACCAGGUACAUAACCCCCGCCUCUUCUCGCCAUUUCCUCUUUUGCCUCUCUAUUCAACCUAUCUGCGCCGAUUUACUGAAAAUAAGAACUUGAAAGGGCAGGAUAAGAAGUGUGUUAAGUAACUAGUGGAUAGUGCUACUUUCAGUACAUGUCGUUCCGUAGCCUAGCUCGUGACUUAAGGGAUAGUAUUGGAAGCUUGUCCAGACGAAGUUUUGAUGUGAGGCUGCACGUUCACCACCGUGGGAAGUCUCAUGGUGCUGUCCAUGAGUUGCACGACCAGCCUGAAGUUGUACAGACCAGUUGUUGGUCUGGUCUUCCACCUGAAUUACUCCGUGAUGUGAUCAAGAGAUUGGAAGAGAGUGAGAGUACAUGGCCUGCCCGAAAGCAUGUGGUGGCAUGUGGAGCUGUUUGCCGGUCAUGGAGGGAGAUGUGCAAAGAAAUUGUUCAAUGCCCUGAAUUUUGUGGAAAAUUAACAUUUCCAAUAUCUCUCAAGCAGCCAGGGUUUCGAGAUGGAGCCAUCCAGUGUUUCAUUAAGAGAGACAAGUCUAAGUUGACUUACCAACUAUUUCUGUGCCUUAGUCCUGCUUUGCUGGUCGAGAAUGGUAAAUUUCUUCUUUCUGCAAAACGGGUUCGCCGAACUACUUGUACAGAGUAUGUGAUCUCAAUGGAUGCUGAUAGCAUAUCAAGGUCGAACAGCAGCUAUAUUGGAAAAGUGAGGUCCAAUUUUCUUGGAACUAAGUUCAUAAUUUAUGACACACAGCCGCCACACAACAACUCCAACAUCUCUGCACCUGGUCGUACCAGCCGUAGGUUCUACUCGAAAAAAGUUUCACCAAAAGUCCCCAGUGGAAGUUACAACAUUGCACAGGUCGCAUAUGAGCUUAAUGUGCUUGGCACAAGGGGUCCUCGUAGGAUGCACUGCGCCAUGCACACAAUCCCCAUUUCUUCACUCGAACCCGGUGGUUCUGUCCCUGGUCAACCUGAGCUACUUCCCCGCUCUCUUGAAGAUUCGUUCAGGAGUAUUUCCUUAUCUAAAUCGAUAGCUAGCUCAACAGAGUUCAGCAGCGCCCGGUUUUCAGACAUUGCCGGUCCACACGAGGAAGAAGGUGGAAAGGACAGGCCUUUAGUUCUAAAAAAUAAGGCUCCAAGGUGGCACGAACAACUGCAGUGUUGGUGCCUCAACUUCAGAGGAAGGGUAACGGUUGCAUCGGUGAAGAAUUUCCAGCUCAUCGCCGCAACUCAGGCAGCCGCUGGCGCCCCAACGCCGUCCCAACCAAACCAGUCUGAUCAUGACAAGAUCAUAUUGCAGUUUGGUAAGGUUGGCAAAGAUAUGUUUACAAUGGAUUAUCGAUAUCCCUUGUCUGCAUUUCAAGCCUUUGCCAUAUGUCUAAGCAGUUUCGACACGAAACUGGCAUGUGAAUAGUAGCUGCAGCAGAAGAUUUAUGAAAUAGGCUUCUUCUUGUUUGGUGACCACUACCAGUGUGUAAUUACUGGUAAAUGGAGCAGUCUUCUCAUUGUUCUCUCCACUCUACUGCCUUUUCUGUUAGAGUAAGAUUAUUCCCUUGUGUUUGUAAUACAAUAUUUUUUCUUAUUCUUGCAAGUGCAGCUUAAUCGAAAACCGCCUUUGGCUUUUAAUUA